AUGUUCCGUUCCCUCGUCAGUCCCGUCGUUAGAGUAAAGUGUCAACAACCAGUUUUAGCUUCUGACGGUAAAGACAAACUGGCUAUGUGUUCACAGUGCAAUUAUUCCUUCUGUAAACAAUGCAAAGAAGUUUAUCAUUCUGAAAGUCUUUGUGCACAAGAACUUGACCUCGAAUUGCUUCGCUGUAAACAACGUAAAAUCAGUCAGAAACUUGAUUCACUUGCUUAUACGUCACAACAAAAAGGUUUUCUUUUAAAAGAAAUUUUAGCUACGGAACUUAUUGAACAAAACACUCGACAAUGUCCAAAUAUAAAAUGUGGAGUGAAAAUAGAAAAAAAUGGAGGUUGUUCACAUAUGCAUUGUGCAAGGUGUAAUCUUGAUUUCCAAUGGGAAGAUGCCAUCAUACCUGAGCAGCCACAACGAUCCAUUCUCAAAGAACUUGGUGAUGAUUUAGAUGAAGUCAUAGAGAAAUUUGAAAAUAAUAAAGAUGAUGACAAAGCAGCAAUGUUGAUCAGGGAAGUCGUUCUGAAUCGAACAAAAAUAUGCCCGUGGAAAAAAUGUGGAAAGUUGAAUGUGAAAUCUGGUACAAAUAAUUGGCUCAUUUGUCAACACUGUAGAAAAAGUUUUUGUUUUCAAUGUGGCAAUCCGCUUAUCGGAAGAAAUCAUUUUGGAUAUGGGUGUCGACAAUAUAGCAAAAUGAAAAUUUAG